CUCGGGGAGUCACCAGCUUUGGGAAGUGUUUUCACGGGUGCGUGUGUGUGUGAAGUAGAUGACGUGGGCGAAUUGCAGCAAACGGUUCCGUGUACGCGAGGAGAGACCAGCACCGGGCGAACGCAGUCAUUUAGAGGAGGGAGGGCACGGAGGAGGAGGAGGAGGAGGCGGAAUGGGGACGGGUGGAGGGGUACUAUACUAGGAGGAGGAAGGAGUGAUCACUACAGCAGGCGAGGUGGGGGGAAGUUAGACGGAUGGAAGGCGCAAUGACACCGGGUCCUGGAAUGUGAAGUGUCGCGUCAAGAGGUCCGGAUCUGGGGGGCUAAAUCGGCUUCAGGGAUGUAGUCGAAGCGGUUCCGGAGCUCAUACCACCCGAGCUCGGCAUCAUGAAGAAACACUCGGCUAGGGUCGCCCCGCUGUCCGCUUGCAACAGUCCGGUGCUCACCCUCACCAAAGUGGAAGAGGAAGAGCGACCCAGGGACCACGUGGCGCACAGCGGCCCAGAUGUACAGCCGGCGGCGGGCGCGGCCGGUCCGGAAUCGAGCUCCACCAGGCGGAAGCUGCACUGCUGCAUCCGGAUCACGGCGGUGCAGGCGCGGAAGGCCCUGUGGGGGGUCGCCAUGUUGAUUUGCGUCUGCUCGUCAUGGGCAGGCUCCACCCAGCUGGCCAAGGUGACCUUCAAGCACUUUGACGCCCCUUUCACCCUCACUUGGUUCGCCACCACCUGGAACUGCCUCUUUUUCCCGCUCUACUACGUCGGCCACCUGUGCAAGAGUCCAGAAAGGCAAACGGCCAGACAGAGAUUAAGGGAGUGUUGUCGCUUUUUUGGGGACGACGGGCUGACCCCCAAGGUGUUCUUCACCAAGGUGGCCCCCUUUGGCCUGCUGUGGAUCCUCACCAACUACUUGUACCUGCAGGCCCUCAGGAAGAUCAACACAACAGACGUGUCGGCGCUCUUUUGUUGUAACAAGGCCUUUGUCUUCCUGCUCUCCUGGAUUGUCCUGCGAGACCGCUUCAUGGGCAUCAGGAUAGUGGCGGCCAUCUUGGCCAUUGCAGGCAUCGUCAUGAUGACCUACGCCGAUGGCUUUCACAGUCACUCGGUCAUUGGCAUCGCUCUAGUUGUUACUUCAGCGUCCAUGUCUGCACUAUACAAGGUUCUCUUUAAGAUGGUCCUAGGCAGUGCCAAAUUCGGGGAGGCUGCACUUUUUCUGACCAUUGUGGGAGGUGCCAACUUUGUUUUUAUCAGCAUUGUGCCCGUCGUCCUAUAUUUGACUGGAGUGGAGUACAUAGAAUCUCCUGGUGACAUUCCCUGGGGUUACCUGUGUGGGGUUGCAGCCCUACUUUUUGCUUUCAACAUCCUGGUCAACUUUGGCAUUGCCAUAACAUAUCCAACUUCAAUCUCCCUGGGCAUCGUCUUAAGUGUUCCUGUCAAUGCCAUGGUGGACUUCUACUCAUGUGAGAUUAAUUUCAACACCGUGCGCCUCAUCGCCGUCUCCAUCAUCUGUCUGGGCUUUCUCAUGCUGCUCCUUCCAGAGGACUGGGACCAGUGCAUUAUCCGCCUCAGCACCAAACUACGUAAACGUGACGAGCCGGCAGAGGGCGCAGCCCAAGCGGGGGCCUCCACAGCGCUCAACUGGAGAGGCCGAACCAGGACCUCCAUGUCCACAUUUUCACACUGACUGGUACCUUGUAGUCUGAGUCACAAUGAGUGGGACGUUUUAAUGGCCUCCAUUGCUGCAGUGUCCUUUGAUGUGAACUUUCAUCUGUAAAAUGUGGACCAGUAAGAGAGAUUGCCAUUGACUACCAUCAUUGAGUUGAUGCAUGGACACAAAUCAGAUGUUCCCUCCUUACUUAAAUAUAAUCAGGUAUUACAAAGUUACAGCUGUACCUGUCAUCAAUUUUUCCAAUGCUCACCACCUGCUUCGCCUGGGAAUACUUCUUAACUUUAUUGGAGAAGAUCUUCAGGACCAUGUGGACUUGGCUGGCCUGAGGACAAAACACAUGCUCAACAAUCCAAAGAAUGCCUACAAAUGCUGAAUACUUGCAAAAUAAUGGGAGGCAGCGAGUGGCAUCGCUUGAGAUGUCAUUACAGAUUCCUUCCUCCUUUGCACUGUAUAUAAGAGCUCGAAGUUCACACCUAGCGACACGAUGUGCUCCUGUGGUGUGAACAGGCCCGUGUGACAUGCGAAGCUCAGCGUGAGCUCAAAAUGCCGUUACUGCACCUCGUGCCGUCCGAAGCCUUUUUUUUUUUGGAGCACUCCGAUUGGCCCCCUGCAUUCAUGUGCGCUCCCGGGGCUAGGCUGGAACUACUGUCAAAGUGGAAGUGGCAACACCUGCCGCUCUGGCUGCCAGUCUAGUCGAGAGCUCUGAAAAGUAAAAUGUGCAAUGCAUGAUUAGCCUGGAUUGUCAUGAAGAGCAAUCGCUUUCAAUUCAGCCAACUUGCUUAAGGUUUUAGUAGUUUAAGUAUUGUGACCUUUGGUUGAAAGCAAUUAGAGUCACUGUGAACGGAAGUACAUUGAGCCCCCCCUCCUCCCCUUUGGAUUUCUCUCAUUUACGUAACAUUCACAAUUAAGUUAUGAGGAGCAGAUUUCAACUACUAUCUCCACUAUCUCAUUUUUGUAUGCAAUUGAUACGUUUUCUACUUUUUCACUUACUGGACACUUCAUUAGGUACACAAUCUAAUAAGAUCCAAUCUAGGGGUUAUAUUAAAGUUUGACAUUACCAAAGAGCUAUCAAAAAUGUUUAGUAUCGUGGUUGGAAUUUGCAGUGGUGUAAAACUACAUCUUUAUCAUUUUUAAGGAGUAUGACUAUCAUCUUUGAAAGGCAGAAUUGCUGCGUUCCCUUGGGUAAUGUCUGGGAGCAUGAAUCUAUUCAAAUAUAGAGUGUACCAAGCAUCUCUUUGGUGAUAGGUGAUUUAGGUGAGGCCUUGUUUCUUUAUCAUUUUUAAUACAUGUGUGCGUGCGUGUGUAUAUAAUAUAGUUUUUAACAAAAAAAAAUAUUAAAACACUAACAUCUAAUCAAGGGGAAGCGAAAAUUUGAAGACUUAACUGUAAUUGAAGACGCCUUUUGCAUUGGAUCUAAUUCGAUGGUGUGUACCUCAUGCUGUGGCUGGUGGUCGUUGCUUGGAGACACGAGCUAUUUUUUUGUUGUUCUUUACUGUAUUUAUGAUACUUGAGGCAAGUUACCAGCGCAGAUGAAGCUGAGCCUUGAAUGAAGAGCUGGAAACUGCCUUGUUGUGAAUGUAUGAACAUCACUACGUGCAAUCUGCUAUUUACGGACUUCUACAGACAAGCAAUCAUCUGCAUUUUUUCUUUCUGUUUGACACCUCAUAACAUACCUUUCAUAUUUUCUUACAUCUGACUGCUGUUGAGACAGGGCAGGCUGAUGAUGACAUCACAGUUAUCAAGACCAUUUCACUGCCUUCUUUUUGUUUUCACUGCAGUAUACAUGAGCUCUGCUUCCCAUUGUCAUCCCAAUGACAAUAAACAAGAAUAUUGUAUUCCUCUGGAAUUAUUGCUAGACAUAAAUGUAAACCUUUGUAAGGAAUGACGAUUUUAUACACUAAGAUGCAACAUACUGUAUGAUUAUCACAUUUGAGGAAGGAGUAUGGAAAGUGUCAUUAUUAAAUGAUGGGUUUAUUUGAUCUGGUGGUGGUGGGAAGGGGCAGGGUCUUCAAGUAUAUUCGCAUAUACUGUACUUCAUAAAAGAUUACUUUUCAAAACA